AAUAAUAAUAAAUUCUUUCAAGAAAAAAAAAAUUAUAAAUUUGAUACUCCACGAUUAAUUUGUGCUUUUCACCAUAUUGGGGAAUAUUAUAAAUUUGAUAUCUCUUGUGAAGUUGAUUUGGAUCCAUUGUAGGCCCAACUUUGAGUCGGUGUCUACCACUAUAAAUAAAGGAGAAGAAGAAAAUGAAUCACUCAAAUCAACCAAGCGAUACAGCAAAUCAACUGCUUUCCUCCCAAAAAAAAAAAAAAAAUGGAAUUGGCAGGAAAAAAUGGUGUGACUGUGAACGAGCUUCUUCAAGCUCAAGCUCAUGUCUGGAACCACACCUUCUGCUUCAUAAAAUCUAUGUCUCUGAAAUGUGCUGUCCAACUCGGAAUUCCCGAUGUCAUUCACAACUACGGUAAACCCAUGACUAUCACGGAGUUGGCUUCUGCUCUGCCAAUCCACCCAGAAAAAGUCCAUCAUCUCUACCGCUUCAUGCGAAUUCUGGUUUCCUCCGGAUACUUUUCAGAAGAAGAAGUUGCCGGAAAUGGCCAUGAAAAGGGGUAUGUUCUCACGGAUGCUUCUCGUUUUCUGCUGAAGGACAACCCUUUCAAUGCAAGUUCGAUGGUGCUUCUAGUGCUCGAUCCAGUUAUUACGAAACCAUGGCAUUUCUUGAGCAGUUGGUUCCAAAACGAUGAUCCGACCCCGUUUUUCACAGCGCACGGAAGCAAAUUUUGGGAUUUUGCGGCUAUUGAACCCGAGACAAACAGUUUGACUUAUGAAGGUAUGAGUACCGACGGGCUUCUGGCUGCUACCGUGGUGCUGGAUAAGUGCAGAGAGGUAUUCGACGGAGUGAGUAGCGUCGUCGACGUGGGCGGUGGUACCGGAAAUAUCACCACGGUCUUUGCUAAAGCAUUUCCAGACAUCCAGUUCACGGUGUUUGAUCAACCCCGUGCGGUUUCUGGCUCGGAAGACAGCGGGAACAUGAAGUUUGUUGGGGGUGACAUGUUUGAGGCUAUUCCUCCUGCAGAUGCAGCAAUGAUUAAGUGGGUAAUGGUUGACUGGGAUGAUGACUCUUGCGUGAAGAUACUGAAGCGAUGCAAGGAGGCAAUUAAGAAGAAGGUGAUGAUCAUAGAUAUGGUGAUGGGGAACCAGACUGUUGAAGAGAAUAUUGAAACACAAAUCCUUACUGAUUUGGCGGCGUUGGUCAUUGUCCAAGGUAAGGAGAGAAAGGAGGAAGAAUGGGCGAAGUUGUUUUUUGAAGCUGGUUUCCGCGAUUACAAGAUUUACCCUGUGUUAGGGUUGAGGUGUCUCAUUGAGAUUUAUCCUUAAAUAAGCUUUUGUUGAUGCCAUAAUACGUGAGUUUGUUUGGCUUUCAAUUAAUGUACGUGGGGUCUAAGCACCCAAGUCUAUUGCAAAACUAAUUGCAUGUGGUUUAUAAUGUGUCCAAAAUAAAUUUUAGAGUUAUGA